AUGAGCAUCCAUCAUAAUAUAUCCUCCAACAUCUUUGGGCCUAACACCCAGAUCCACCAAGGGGACAUCUUUGACUACAGCUUCAACAAGUCGCGGAAAGCCUACUACGUGUUUCCUUUCCCGCCCAACCAAGAUAUCGUCCGCCGUCCAGGGAUCGUCACCAAACUUGACGAGCUUUUGUCACUCUCUAAAGAGGGCCGAUACUGCAGUGCCGCUUUACGGGGUCUUGGUGGAUCGGGCAAAACCCAAAUUGCCCUCGAUUACGCCUAUCGCCGAAGCCAUGAAGAUCCUGCUUGCGACAUCUUCUGGGUGCACGCCGAUAAUGAAACCAGUUUCGCACAAGAUUACCACGCAGUUGCCAGGAAGCUCGGCCUGGAUCCGAAGCUUACUGGCGAACAGCUUUUUCUAGCAGUACGUCACUGCAUCGAGUUGCGGCAGAAGUGGCUCUUGAUUCUCGACAAUGCGGAAGAUGUCGCAUGCUUCGGUGUCGGUGCAAUGGAUCACACCAAAAGCCUUCUCAAGCUCAUACCAGGAGGCCCUGGAGGAACUGUUCUAUGGACCAGCCGCGAUAAACAGAUUGUUGCCCUAGUUGGUUCGCGGCAAGGUAUCCAGAUCCCUCACAUGGCCAUCGAAGAGGCGGAAAAACUAUUCUCGGUGACUGUUGCUUCAACAGCUUCGGUUGCUCCCUUUGACUAUCUCACAAGCCGGAUCAUUUAUACGGAGGACUUCAACGCCUAUUAA